AUGGAAGAUAAGGAGUAUAAAAGCAAGCACCGAACAAUACAAUUAGGGUUCUUGAGACAAAAAUAAAGUGAGUAGAGUUUAGAGAUCUAGCAGUUUUUGAAUUGCACCGCCGUCACCAUGGGUCGAAUGCACAGCAAAGGUAAGGGUAUAUCUUCAUCUGCUAUUCCAUACAAGCGCACCCCACCAACUUGGUUGAAGAUCACUUCACAAGAUGUGGAUGAUAGUAUUUGCAAGUUUGCAAAGAAGGGUCUGACUCCAUCUCAGAUUGGUGUGAUUCUUAGGGAUUCACAUGGUAUUGCCCAAGUUAAGAGUGUUACUGGUAGCAAGAUCCUCCGUAUUCUUAAGGCUCAUGGUCUGGCACCUGAAAUCCCGGAGGAUUUAUACCAUCUAAUUAAGAAGGCCGUUGCCAUCCGUAAGCAUUUGGAGCGAAACAGAAAAGAUAAGGACUCCAAAUUUAGGUUGAUCUUGGUUGAGAGCAGGAUCCAUAGGCUCGCUCGUUAUUACAAGAAGACAAAGAAGCUUCCACCAGUCUGGAAAUACGAGUCUACAACUGCCAGCACCCUUGUGGCUUGAUCUUUUGGUAGAAUGGUUUUUCGAUUCAGGCAGCAAAUUGGUUAUCAUUUCUUUGUUAUAGAAUUAUGUCCUGCUUCCUUUAGUUUUGGUUAUGAUCAGAACUUCAGAUAUUCAUAUGAAGUACUUUAGUUGUUGAAAUGUGAUUUUCGUCUUUUAUACUUUUCGACUUUCGUUUCUUGAAGUUUUUGAAAUGAAGUCUAUUUUUGUUUGCUCCUAAGAACUUGUAAAAUGCUAACUUUGUUCACUAUUGUAUUGUUUUGAAACCAAGGAUGACUCUUAGGUCUCCAAGCAUAUGGGAACUAAGUUCAAGGUUUGUUUGAUUUAA